GCUCAAGCUGGUAUGAGUCAAGACACUUCAUCUAUCUUCGUGAACCGUACAUAUUAAUCCAAUUCCGUGUGUGGUUGAUGCACCAUCUCUUGGUCGCCAGUUUGGUCGUGGCCCUCGGCGCUUGUGGCCUGGCCCCUGCAGACGACCUCAGACUGUUUCAGGCGUGGAGCUCUGGCCAGCCUCCGCAGUCGAUUUCAAGAGAUGAUCGAGUGUCGACAAAGAAACCCGAGGCGUCCAGGAUGACCGGUACAACACCGUCGCGGGACACAUCGAGGAGGGAGUUCUUCAUUCAUGGUUCCGUGCCCAUCUACGCCGCUUCACCCAUGAUGAGUGGCGCCGCCGCCGCCGGAAGCGUGGUGGCGCGCCCGUGGAUGAUCAUGUUGCAAAGCGACGCCACAGAGGAGGAGUCUGUGUCCAUGAGCAAAGAGUUACCGAACGGUCUGUCGACACACGCAAGCAUGGGCGAAGUGCCGAUGGUGAUGGGGAGUUUGGAUGUAGGCGGUCUCCAGUCGUUCAUCAACAACCACCAGGGUCGUCUGAAGUUUGUCGUAGAGGAUCGGUUCGAGCAAAGGGUGGAAACGCCAAUCAUCGAAGAGGCUUCAGAUUCAGGGCGGCGGACCUACCCAUGGGGCAUCCAGUACCUCAAUGCAGACGUGGUGCGGGGGAAAGGCGCGGGGGUGAGCGUGUACGUGCUGGACACGGGCGUUCGCAUCACCCACAACGAGUUCGCCGGCCGGGCCUUCGCCGGAGUGGACGUAGCCAGUUCGGAGACGUACCCGGGCACCCUCACAGUGUGCUCGCCGUCCAGUACAACGUGCGCUGACGACCAGCAUGGGCACGGCACGCACUGCGCGGGAUCGGUGGGGGCCUCGACAUAUGGCGUCGCGGAUGGCGCUUUUAUCUACGCAAUGAAGGUCCUGAAUAACGCAGGCUCUGGCUGGACCACAUGGUCCAUUCUGGCCGAGCAGUGGAUUCUGUCGUCCGGGAACAGGCCAGCGGUGGUCAGCAUUAGUAUCCAGGCCAACUACAAUGACCCCGCAGAGGCAACCUCCAUCGACAACCUGGUGGCCGAUGGCGUGACCGUGGUGGUGGCUGCAGGGAACGCCAACGCAGACGCGUGCACCUAUAAUCCAGCUUGGGUUUCAUCGGCGAUCACCGUAGCUGCUUUCGGUGGGACAUCGGGGAGCUCAUGGGACAGGUCUUCGUACAGCAACUGGGGCUCUUGCAUCGAUGUUUAUGCUCCGGGCACGAACAUCCUCUCGCUGGGCCCAUUCAGCGAUACCCAGACAUAUUUUAACACGGGCACGUCCAUGGCCUGUCCCCACGUCUCCGGACUCGCGGCCAGGAUGUACGAGGCGUAUCCCACGGCGGGGUCCAUGACCGCUGCACAGAGGUGGGAUCUCCUGACGGCCAUGAACUGCACAGGCUGUGUCACACAUGGCACGACUCCCACACCCACUGUCAACUUGGUGGCCUUGGCCAAUUCCCCUACUCCCACUCCGGUGAUCUCGCCCUCGCCUACGCCAUCGCCAACGCUCCCGCCCUUUGCCACGCCCUCGCCUACGCCCUUACUCACGCCCUCGCCUACGGCAUCGCCUGCGCCAUCUCCUUCGCCAUCUCCAACGUCCUCCCCUACGCCUGCACCAACGCUCGCGCCCUCACCCUGGCCUACACCGUCGCCUACACCCCAUACGGACUCGCCAACGCCAUCGCCCUCGCCCUCACCUACGACCUCGCCUACGCCUUCGCCCACCAUCGCGCCCACACCCUCGCCUACGCCCCUGCCCACGAUUUGGCCUACGCCCUCGCCUACGCCGCCACCCCUGCCUGCGCCCACGCCCUCGCCUACGCCCUCUCCCACGCCCUCGCCGACGCCUUCGCCCACGCCCUCGCCUACGCCUUCGCCCACGCCCUCGCCGACGCCUUCGCCCACGCCGUCGCCUUCAGCCUCGCCCACGCCGCUGCCUACGCCGUCACCAACUCCUUCGCCUACGUCUUCGCCAACUCCCUCGCCUACGCCCUCGCCCACGCCUUCUCCCACGGCGUCACCCUCUUCAUCGCCCACGCCCUCGCCUACGUCAGCGCUGACGCCCUCGCCAACGCUGUCGCCCACGGACUCGCCAACGCCAUCGCCUUCGCUGUCACCUACGCCUCAUCCCACGUCAUAUCCCUCACCCUACCCCACGCCCUAUCCUACCCCUUCGCCUACUCUGUCGCCUUCGCCCUCACCUACGCCCUCGCCCACGCCAUAUCCCACGCCCUAUCCCACACCCUAUCCCACGCCCUACCCCACGCGCUACCCCACGUCCCAUCCCACGCCCUAUCCGACCUAUAUGAAGUCAUAUUGCUUCCACUACUGGAGCUGCCAGGACUGCGGAUCUGAUGAUAGGUGUUAUUGGUGCGGUGAUAGGUAUGGCUCGGGCUCUUGCUACACACUGCCGACUUGGGAUAUAGCUCGGGCUCGGGGUUACUGCGCGUGGUAUUCUCCGACUUGCCAACCUCCCACGCCUACGCCGUAUCCCACGCGCUACCCCACGCCCUAUCCCACCCAUUCGCCUACUCUGUCGCCUUCGCCCUCACCUACGCCCUCGCCCACGCCAUAUCCCACGCCCUAUCCCACACCAUAUCCCACGCCUUAUCCCACGCCUCAUCCCACGCCCUACCCCACGCCCCGUCCGACCUAUCCGGAUUGCGGGUACUACGACUGGAGUUGCCAGGCAUGCGGAUCGGUGUAUGGGUGUGUUUUCUGCGGUGAUAGCUCUGGCGGGGGCCAUUGCUAUGUCGGCUAUUUGGUAGCUGGAUUCUGCUCGUGGUCUUCUCCGACUUGCCAACCUCCCACGCCAUAUCCCACGCCCUACCCCACGCCCUAUCCCACAGGAUAUCCCACGCCAUCCCCCACGCCCUAUCCCACACCAUAUCCCACGCCUUCGUGUUCGCAAGAAUCCCGGUGCGACUACCGCCACAGUGAGCCAGGGUGCUAUUGGUGUCAACAGAGGCAAGGCUGGUCGCUGGAUGGUGGCCGCGGUGGCGGCCGCUGCUCUUCCGGCUCAUCGCUCGCCGAGUUCGACUCCGACUGCUUGUUCCCAUGGUGGAAAAGAAGCUGCACCUAUCCCACGCCCUACCCCACGCGAUAUCCCACGCCCGAUCCCACGCCCCUUCCCACGCCGUAUCCCACGCCCUAUCCCACGCCCGCCCCCACGCCCAAUCCUACGGCAAAAUCGUGUAGCCAAUACUCCACUUGCAGACCUUGCGAAAAUGCGGCGGGGUGCUAUUGGUGCAGGCGGAGUUCGUGGUCGUUCGGGUACACUGGCCAGUGCCUUUCCUCCGGGACGAUCGCCAGAUGCUUGUGGACGUCUUCGAUUUGCCGUUGGAGGAUGUGGUAUCAUUUCACCUGGAGCUACCGCCUCCGGAUCAGGAGGGCCUACUCAUCGGCAUUCAUCGGAGACAACUUCGUGCGAGGAGCGUUCGAACGCGCCGGCCAAUCCAGGGUGUCUGCCCUCCCGUCAAGCGCUGUGGUGUCCGUCCAGCUCUCCAUGUCAAGUCCCCGUAAGGAUGCCUCACACACGGACGAGAUGGAUGAGAUUGAGGUGGAGUACUCCGUAGAAGUGCCUGGCGACGACGACUCGGACGGUGUCGAUCAGCCGCAGGUCGACUCGCUCUCAGCUGAUCUGGCGCAGGUCUCAGCGGAGGAGUACACACAGGACUUCGUAUCAGAGAUGAGCGCUGUGGCAGGAGGGGCGGCGGCUUUCGGUGUAGAGCCUGUGGCCAAUUCUGCUUCAGCCCCUACGGUGACCACGGCAACAGAUCCUCCGACGCCGAGUCCGACGCCGAGUCCGACGCCGAGCGCGGCCUCUGCGAAGGGGGAUCCCCAUCUGGUCAACGUCAAUGGCCAGCGGUUCGACCUGAUGCAGCCUGGUCUGCACUCACUGGUUCAUAUUCCGAGGUUUGCUGAGGCGGUUCGCACCCUUCUAGACAUUCAAGCAGACGUCCAGAGGCUUGGUGCCACUUGCGCAGACAUGUACGUCCAGUCCAUCAACGUGACAGGUGCGUGGGCAUCUGUGCCCGAGCACCCAGCUGGCAUCUUCUUCUCAGUUAAGAAGUUUCCACGAUAUCCCACGUGGCAGAAGCUGGGCCAGGUUAAAUUGAAGGUGAUCCAGGGCCAUACCGAGAGCGGCAUCGAAUAUCUCAACUUCCUCAUCCAGAGCUUGUCGAAGGUGGCGUAUUCGAUUGGUGGCCUCCUCGGGGACGAUGACCACACCGAGGCCUCCAGAGUCGACCCCAACUGCCGCACAAGGAUCAGCCUCUGAGGCGGGCCACCGGACGAGAGCUGCAGGCUGGCGUUCCAGCCAGCCUCCGCCCUUUCCUGCGCAGGAUCUCCAAGCUGAGUGCCGAAGCGCGUCUUCUCGAGCACCCGGGGUCCAGGGCUGCCCACCGACGCUCGGCAGCGAUGGGGGGGAAAGGGCGAUGGCUGGGGAGGAGGAGGAGGAGGAGGAGGACUCCGGCUCGACUCGCGGGCAGCGGCGCCCGCUUGCCGGAGAACCGCAGCCCAGGAGGCGGUGCAAGAGACCCGAGCGAAGCGUCUCGGCCUCUUUCCGCACGGGCGCGCCGCGAGGCGCGCCGCGAGGUCAGCGGGCGGCUCCCCGGGUGACCGCCGUGGUUCGGCAGAGAAAAGGAAAGAGGGGGCUCCACGGUAGAAAUAUCCAAGAUCCCCUACGCCAUUCUAGUUUUCAGAACGUCGACCCCCAGAGGUCUCGACCCCUUCCCUGGGGCCAGUUUCUCGUCCUGAGUCUUCC